GACAUCUUCUCGUCUAUCAUGCCUGAUAUCCUACAUCAGCUGCAUAAAGGGGUAUUCAAAGAACACUUACUGACAUGGUGUACCUCGAUCGCAGGCAAGAGCGAGAUCGAUCGUCGCUUCCGUGCAAUGACGGACUUCCCUGGUCUUCGCCACUUCCACAAUGGCAUCUCGCGGGUCUCGCAAUGGACGGGUCGCGAGCACAAGGAAAUGCAGCGCGUUAUCGUGGGGCUUCUGGCGGGCGCGGUGCCUCCAGACGUCCUGACAGUUGCUCGCGCGCUGGUCGAUUUCAUCUAUUUUGCGCAGCUUCAGUCUCACACGGACAACACUCUCGCUCACCUGCAGACGGCCCUCGACACCUUCCACCACCAUAAAGAUGUCUUCGUGACCCUGGGAAUUCGUGAGCACUUCAACAUACCAAAGCUGCACUCGUUGCUCCAUUAUGUCGAAGCGAUUCGGUCGCGCGGCUCUUGCGACGGGUACAACACGGAGCUGCCCGAGCGCCUGCAUAUCGAGUUGGCGAAGAACGCGUACAGGGCGACCAACCAUCGUGAUUAUACCGAUCAGAUGGUUGCGUGGCUGACACGCCAGGAGGCCGUCGACUUGCACGCUGCAUACAUCGUGUGGCUGACUCCUCGCGUCGAGCUGGAUGGCGGAACGCGCUCCUAUGUCGUCGCAAAACACUGCCCUUCCCCCAACACGUCGCUCCGUUGCCUCGAGGCCGAACACAAGGCUACCGAGUUUUUGCCAGCCUUGACCGCCUUCGUCCACACGAAGUUGCCCCAGUGCCGCUUCAAACCGAACGACAUGGACCGGUACGAUGUCUACAAGGCCAUUUCAGUGACUUAUCCAGCCGACCCGCAGAGCGACGCGAGUGAACAUACCGAUCGAAUCCGCACGGUGCCCGCGAAAGCAGGUAGUGGUCGAAAACCAACGAAGGGCGCCCACUUCGACACCGCCUUCAUCAUCGAUCCAGAGCUUGCGAUCGAUGGCCGCCACACGAGGGUUGCGCGGGUCCGCGUUAUCUUCGACCUUCCCGAGCAGUUUGGAGUACUGCCGCAUCCCCUUGCUUACGUCGAAUGGUACACACCAUUGACGCGCCUAGAGCCUAGCACGGGGCUUUACCUAGUCUCUCGAUCAACG